UUAAUCACACAAAGACAGAGCAACCUUUGCAAUUGCAAGUUCCAUUCAUUCCUCUUCUUCAUCAACACUCUCUCACUCUUCACUCAACAAAUCCAAUUGCACCAUAUACUCAAUCCAAGAAAACUACACUACCCAAUUGCAGAUUCAAUUGAUUUGUAGAAGAAGAAUAAAAUGGGUUCUUCUGAGAAUCAAGAAACCCCAGAUGAAGGAUUUAACAACACUUUUCAUCAUCAUUCUUCACCUUCUUCUUCCUCUCGUGAUGGAUGGAAAAAUCGAAUCUUUUUCCCAACCCUUCUUGCAGGGGUUGCUGGUGCUGGAACUGGGUUGAUAUCAAAACAUCGAAAAAGUCUCGGUCUUGCUAAUGUUUCUGCCAGUUAUGCUGCUAAUUUUGCCAUCAUCACCGGUUGCUAUUGCGGGGCACGUGAGUUUGUGGCCGCAACUAGGAAAACAGGACCUGAAGAUCUAUUAAGCUCUGCAAUAGCAGGAUUCGGAUCUGGCGCUCUUCUUGGGCGUUUUUAUGGUGGUCAAUUUGGUGCAAUUCGGUAUUCUGUCAUUUUUGCUGUUGUGGGAACAACAGCGGAUUACAGUAUUCUGAAAUUAAAAGAUGUUUGGAGAGAUUACAGUAAAACAAUAUAUCAAGAUAUUGAGAAUUUAAAGAAGAAUGAAAAUUGGUUAAGAUUGCCAGAAUGGUUUCCAAUUAAAGUACUCGACGAGGAACAACUUGCUGCUAAACGAGCACAGGAAGAGAAGUUCAUUGAGCAAAGGGCACGGAUCCGUAGCCUAAGGGAAGAAGAUUCUUGAGAAUAUUUUAUAGUUAAUUUAUUUUACAGAUUGUAAUAAUGUAGUACUUCUCAAGCUGAUGGGAAAUGAUUUCAGCAGAGAGAUUUUGAAAGAGUUAGAGAUUUAAGAUUCACAUAGACUGAUGAGUUUGCCCUUCUUUAUGAGUACACAAGGAAAACCAAUAUGAUUGCUUUGUUAUACUCUACAGUAGCAAGAAACUAUAUAAAUAUCCAAGUCUUUUUCUUUUUCUUU